UUAAUUUUGAUACCUGGUAAACUAGGCAGAGUGAGAUGUCUUGCCUUUUUCCCACCUCUCUGGUUGAACUUCCUGAUGCCUCCUUCGCUCCGCCCUCGUCUUUGAAACGACAACAGCGCCAAAGUUCAUCGUCCCGAACGGGAAAAUGACUACUGGUGCCAAGGAGCCGCAAUGGAGAAAGGUUCAUUCUGCCACUGGAGUGAUACCGCGGUCCAGACACGGACACCGAGCAGCUGCCAUACGGGAGCUAAUUGUUGUGUUCGGCGGUGGAAAUGAAGGGAUAGCGGAGGACCUUCAUGUUUACAACACUGUCUCAAGGCAGUGGUUUCUACCUGCGGUGAGGGGUGACAUCCCACCCGGCUGUGCCUCCCAUGGCUUUGUCUGUGAAGGCACUCGAAUACUGGUCUUUGGUGGCAUGGUUGAGUUUGGGAAAUAUACCAACAGCCUCUAUGAACUUCAGGCUAGUCGCUGGCUGUGGAAGAAGCUGAAGCCCAGGGCACCCAGGAAUGGCUUGCCUCCCUGCCCUCGGAUUGGACACAGCUUCACCCUUGUGGGUAGCAAGUGUUACCUGUUUGGAGGGCUGGCCAAUGAUAGUGAAGACCCCAACGGCAACGUACCAAGGUACAUGUGUGACUUCUAUGAGCUGGAGCUGCAGCCGUCAUCGGGGGCAAGAGGAUGGAGCAUCCCAGAGACCAAGGGUGGUGGUCCCUCAGCACGGGAGUCCCACACCUCGGUUGCCUACACUGGCCUCGGCUCACCGAAGCUCUACAUCUUUGGAGGGAUGCAAGGAUGCCGGCUAGACGACCUCUGGCAGCUGGACCUUGACACAAUGGUUUGGUCAACGCCUGAAACCAGGGGUUUCACGCCACUUCCCAGAAGCCUUCACUCCGCCAGUGUUAUUGGAAACAAGAUGUAUGUUUUUGGUGGCUGGAUUCCUGUACCAGAGUCAGACAAACACAUUGCUUUAGGAACUGAAUGGAUCUGCAGUGACUCCUUAACCGUACUCAACUUAGACACUAUGAGCUGGCAGAACCUGGGCCCAGAGCAGCAGGGCAAUAUUGAGUCCCAGUUGCAGAUCCAGGGACCCCAGAGUGAGGAUCCGUACGCCUGUAGGCCCAGAGCCAGGGCCGGCCACUGUGCUGCCACGGUUGGGUCCAGGCUUUACAUUUGGAGCGGCCGUGACGGGUUCCGUAGGAGCUGGAACUACCAGGUCUGCUGCAAGGACCUCUGGUACCUGGAGACAGAUCGACCAGCCGCCCCAGAGGCGGUGUUACUCAUCAAAUCCACAGUCGGCCUGCUUCAUGUGGCGUGGCGCCCUCUGGUGGCAGCAGACUGUUACAUCCUUCAGAUCCAGCCUGCACCUCCAGCAGCCAAACCAGUCAGUCCAACUGGAACGGAUGGACUGGACGGGAAGGGUAAAGACACUGCCGGUGUCCCGUCUCUUCAACCUGCAACUGGAGCAACCACUAAUAAAGAAGCAAAAGCAUCAGCUCAGGAUGCUUCAGCACAGCAGGAAACUACAGCGAGACUGUCCACUGGCUCAGCAGAGACCAAAGCACAAGGAGGGAGGAGUGCUGGGAGGGAGACAGAGAAUGACUCUGACACAAAAUCCUGCGGUGCAGGACAGGAGACAUCAGCAGCAGAGGUCAGCAGCUCAGCUCAGCGCCAGCUAGAGGAACAACCUAUUUCAGCUGACAAGAAAACUGAUUUCUACGCCCCUACACAUCAGCAGAAUCCAGACGAAGCCGUGUGGUUUGACGUUGGUGUGUUCAAAGCUCUCUUCUCUGAGGUCAGCCACUACUUUCUCCCUGCUGACAGUGAACAGGAGACUGCAGCCAUCAGCAGCCGGCCGUCACUCACUAAAGAGCCCUUCCUCCAGAGGAAUCUUGACUACCAAAGCAGAGAGAAGCAGGAGCUGGCUCCAGGUCAGACCUAUAGGUUCAGAGUUGCGGGCAUCAACUACUUUGGCCAGGGAGACUUCAGCCCAGUCAGCGAGUUCAAGACAUGCCAACCUGGUUUCCCUGGAGCGCCAUCUGCUGUCAAAAUUACCAAGGCCAACGAUUCGGUCAACAUUACGUGGGACGCGCCCCCCUCCCCAUCGGGCCGGAUCCUCGAGUAUUCCAUGUACAUGGCGGUGAAAAAGAGUCGCUCCACCAGCUCGGAGCGUCCAGGUCAGAUGUCCUUCAUCAGGAUCUACCGCGGCACCAAGACGUCCUGCUCAGUCAGCUCCACCCACCUGGAUAACGCCCAGAUCGACUGCUCGGCCUCCAACCGGCCAGCGGUCGUCUUCCGCAUCGCUGCUAAGAACGAGCAGGGCUACGGUCCAGCCACGCAGAUCCGCUGGAUUCAAGAUCCUAGUAAAUUGCGAACGUCUGCAUCCAAAGCUGACAGCAAUGCGGAGGCUGACCAGGAUGCUGCAGACAGCUCCAGCUGAAAAUAUUUGGACCAACGGCACCGUGUUUUGGAAAGACAGUAUGUGCUCUCAGGAAGGUGGCAAUGUACGCCAAUCAGAUGUUGUAAAUUUCCUAGAUAUUUUUGUUAAUUUAUUUUUUUUAUGUAAUUAAUUAUUCCCCUUGUAAAUAGAUUUCCAUAAGAAGCUUGACCACUUGGCUACUUUAGUUAACCAAAUGUUUUGUUAAGUAAUAAUGAAUAGGAUGUAGACUAAACUACAAGUAUGAUUUGGGAUUUAAAAAUCUUCGAAGGUCGGAGGUGCCUUAAAGUUUAUUGCAACAGCCACUGAUGCUGCGGUUUUGCAUAAAACUUUUUUUUUUUAAGCGUUAACUACUUUUACAAUCCUAUUGUCACAGUGAGGUUAUAAAAUAACAGUUAUCUUUACAGUAGAAAUAUCAAUGUUAUGUAAACAGAUCAUUUACUAUGAUUCAGGUUUGGUUUAAGUUCUCUGUUAAUGUGUUUUCUCACUGUACGCACAACCAUGUGUAACAUUUUUUAAUAUCCGUUACAUUUCUGCAUCACAGUUGUUGUUUUAUGAUUCUUUUAUAACCACUACCACCAAGUUGUUCACAAAUUGUUUACAAGUUUUCCUUUUUUAAAUAUAACUCAUUAUCAACAAAACAAAUUGAUCCAAAUAAAAAAAUGUACACCGACUGCAACCAAAGAGCAGAGCACUACUAAUGUUUCAAAAAUUCCCCAGACUUUACAGGAAGAGAUGUGCGUGUUAACACUAUUGUCUCUGGUUUGAUGUACUCACCAUUUAGUGGGAAAGAAGUGUUAUUCUUAUCUUAUCCUCCUCCAUCAUGUCUGGAUUCUGGAUUAUUACAGGUCUUUUUAACCAGUGUGGUGAAGGAACAUAUGGAGAGAUUGUUAUACAGACCUCAAAUCAAUGACACCAAUUGCUGCGACUAUUCAUGGACUUAAUAAAAAAGG